AUGGUCGUCGUCGUAGGCGUAGUUCUAGUGCUUCUUGGGGCUCCCUGUCGACUUGUAGCCUGCAGCAUCUGUGCACGAAGGCAGAAGAAACUGGAGAGGAGCACAGUUAAAAGUAAACACGUGGCCCUUGUAGCCCUGCUUGGGUUGGGGGUAACUCUCAGAUGUGGGGGUACUGUUGGUGCAAUUCUGACAUGUCCACUGGAAGUUGUGAAAACACGGUUGCAGUCCUCUUCUGUGACUCUGUACAUCUCUGAAGUUCAUCUCAACACUGUGAAUGGUGCUAGUGUCAAUCGAGUAACUAGAGUUUCUCCUGGACCUCUCCAUUGUUUGAAGAUGAUCUUGCAAAAGGAAGGUCCUCGUUCUCUGUUUAGAGGGCUGGGUCCUAACUUGGUAGGCGUUGCUCCUUCCAGAGCGAUAUAUUUUGCUGCUUACUCAAACUGCAAGGAAAAGUUGAACAAUAUUUUCAAUCCAGAUUCUACCCAGGUACACAUGAUUUCAGCUGGUGUGGCAGGUUUUACUGCGAUCACAAUGACCAAUCCCAUUUGGCUAGUAAAGACACGAUUGCAGCUUGAUGCAAGGAACCGUGGAGAAAAACGAAUGAGUGCUUUUGAAUGUGUCCGCAAAGUUUAUCGAUCAGAUGGUGUCAAAGGCUUUUACAGAGGAAUGUCGGCAUCCUAUGCAGGCAUAUCUGAGACUGUUAUUCAUUUUGUUAUUUAUGAGAGUAUUAAGAGAAAACUACUGGAGCAUAAGACUGCUUCUGCCAUGGACAAUGAGGAUGAAUCAGCAAAAGAAGCUUCGGACUUUGUUGGAAUGAUGAUGGCUGCUGCCACUUCUAAAACUUGUGCAACAUCAAUAGCAUAUCCCCAUGAAGUUGUACGAACAAGGCUAAGAGAAGAGGGAACAAAAUACAGAUCUUUCUUCCAGACAUUAUCUUUGCUUGUGCGAGAAGAAGGGUAUGGAUCCCUCUACCGAGGUUUAACUACACAUCUGGUCAGACAGAUUCCAAACACAGCUAUCAUGAUGUCAACCUAUGAAGUCGUAGUCUACUUGCUGGAUGGAUAGCAGCGUGACAAGUCUUUCUAGAGGAAGGCAGAAGACUGGAAGACUGGAGUGGACUACUGAAUGCCAGAUGCGAUGGGCAGAAGGAAAGUUGUAUCAGGAACAUGCAGAUACGGACAAAAUAGAAAGUUGAUUGUAGGCAACUAUGAUAAUUUUGCUGCCUUAUUGUAUGGUCUCUUAGCAAUGUAACAAGUAGAAACUGCCCCUUAGGGAAUGCCUUUAUGCAUUUCUUUAUUCAAAACUACUACUUUGUUUCCAUCUGUUAAUCUAUAGACAAGGCUGUUCAGUCAUCUUCAGAGACUUAAUGCAUGAGGGAAGGGACAUGGAACUUUUUGGGUCAGCCUUAUUCCCACCUUGUAAUGGUUGCUCUCAACCACAUCCUUUUUGUUCUGUUCUACUGCACAGUAACAUGUUGGAAGAAUGAGGAGUAUAAUACUUCCAUACUUUCCCAUAUCUGAAAUUUUCAUUCUGACUAUUCAUACAGGGACUGAGGUAGUCAGUGUGUAAAUGUUGCUACCUCAAGAAAUAGGGUAUGGCACAGGGACCCAAAAUUGAAUUACUUCUUCACUACAAAUGGUGAUACUUGUGUUGCAUUUUUUCUUUUUAAAUUUGAGCAGUGUUCUAGAUUGGUGAGAGAAAAUCUGAUUAUUGAACUCUUCAGGUUAUCAAUUUCUUGAUAUUGGUGUAUGUAGAUUUUUAGUUCUUCUGCAUCACUGUUUUUUCUUUCUGAAGUCUUCCCCCCUUUUUAAAAAGGAGAGACCUAUGACACACCCUCCUGUAUCGUUAGUUUUCUUUGCCAAUCUGUCAAGUUGCUCACACUGCCAUGGGAGAAUUUGCUGAAUGCUACUUUAUAGCCUCUCCAAAGGAUGCUUACUGUUACAAGAUAUCUUUAACUAGCCCAGCCUACUGUUUGUGAAGACAGUGAAGAAGUUUUGUGCUACUGCAGAACAGGCUAUUUUUAUCCUAAAACUUCGGACAGAGCUUGACCUACCUUACUGAUAUCUACACUUGAGUACAGGGGAAGAUCAUGCAUCAUGAUGGUUGGAAGGACUAGAAAGCAGAAAAAGUUGGAGCUGUGAUACGUUUCUUCAGUGCAGACAACCUGUGUACAAGAAUGAUGGAGAAGUAAAUUUAUUUUUUUUUGUAAGCAUUCCCUCUAAUAACUGCUGUAUCAUUUUUUUCCACUUUGAGCCUGAGUUCAGAACAGCAGUUGACAUGUAACCUUGUCUCCAGUUCUUAACAUUCAGGCAUUGUUUUGUUGCUUUAUAAGCCAGCUGCGAAAAUGUGUUGCAUUCAGCAGCAAGGCUUAGUUAAUUCUGUCAUAACUUGCAAUAUUUUCCAAAGUCAUACAGUUGAGGUGUCAAAAACAGAAGUUUAACGUUAUAAGAACUUGUGCAGGUUUCCAAACAAAUCUUUAAUGUGUACCUUGAGUAUCUGUCUGUCUACAUCCAUGAUCCUAAUGAGCAAGAUGACCAUUGUAAAACUGGGGCAAUAGCUUUCUACAUGUGAAUGCUGCUACACUGGUAUGACAGAACUGUGCUAUCGACUCUUCCAGUGUGGUACUUCAGUAUACUUAAACUCUGCAUUGUGUGCAAUGGCUUUCUUAUGAAUGACUCCUUAUGCACUUUGUGGCCUUCUGGCUUGUGACUUUUCUUUCCCACUCUGGUUAUCUGUAGUCAAACUGUGUUCAGUACGUGCAGUUUGGUUUUAAACAAAGCAUGUGGUUUGAUUUCCAUAUAACUGCAGGAUAAAGCAUUUUCUGCUGUAGACCUGUAGGAUCUCUGUUGCAGUAGUUCUGUAGGCUGUACAUAAAAGCUUGAAGCUUACAGAACAAUUGAUCUGGCUUUUUCUUGUUCACUUUAUUUUGAGCCACGUAAUGUUUUCCCCACUGUCAAAAUAUUUGAGUACUUCAAGUAAAUGUACUAAUUUCUUUUUCCUCUAAGAGCCACUUAUAGUGCACACACAGUGACCUUGCAGUGGAAUCUUGUCUGUAUUGUUGUCUUUGUCCUUGGGCAAUGUUGUCUUACCUUUUAAAGGCAAAUACUGUGGUCUGUGAUGUAUCCACAAAGGUGAAUUUGGUUUUAAAGAACUGAGGGGAGUGCUGAAAUGUGUGUUCUAAAAUUGGCCUCUCUAGGAUAAAUCCAGGGUAUUAUUUGUGGCUCUGAGUUUCAAAGAUUUACUGUGAUACCAUUAUCCAGACAACUAAGUGCAGAACUAACUACUUACUGUAAUUUUUGAUCUAUAAAAAGUGGAUUACCCAUCAGCUAUCUUGAAUUGGUUGAUCAGAGCCAAACUUAAAAUUGGCAUGGCAAUUUUCAGCUUUGAUGUUUGUGAAUACAAUUAACAUUUGCAUUAGUCCAGACUUUGUGCAGGUUACUCUCCUGUGGUUUUUACUGGAUACUGUCUCCUUUGAUCAGAUGUACAUCUCUUCCAGCAGCUCGCUGGGUACCCUGUGUACCUUCUGGGUGAGAUCAGUCCACUUGGAGUUGCUUUUAAAAUAACAAUUCAAGCAAAGAAUGCUAAAAGGACAAUUAAAUAUGGGUGAUAACAGCUGAAAAUAGACAGUCGGCUUGUAGUUCCACCUUGUUAAUGGGGGCUGAAGUAAUGUUUUAGCCUUCAGGGGUGAUCUUUUUAUUUUGUUUUAUUUAAGGAAACAAAACUUAACCCCGGUUUCUUGGAUUUUUGUUAAACUACCAAUACCUAUAAAGUACCAAUACCUCUGAAAUAUUUCCCAAAGAUCUUUAAAUUAUUUAUGUUGUUUGCCUGAUAUUUUUUACAAAAAAAAAAAAGCAAAGGGAAUAAGAACAUGCUACAUCAGUAAUAUCCUUAACUACACAACUGAAAGGAGUGUGUUUAAACUUUCUUAUAACUUAAAUGUCCAUCUUAGUUUAUGUUUGAAUGUAGUGUAUUUAUUUCACCUUUUUCCCUGCCAAAGAUGCAAAGGUUUUGGAGGUCAGAAACAAGUCUCAGCAAUUUGUUUCUCUCCAUAUAUUUCCUUUGUUGUGAUAGGCCCCUAAAUGUUACUGCAAGCUACUAAUUUUGACUUGGCAAUCAGUUCGAUUUGGGACAGUGAGACUGCACUUUGCAGCACUUGCCAAAAGGUGGCACUGGAGCAUGCAUUGAUCAGAGGGAAAAAGGGGCUUCUCUGCCAAGCUGCGUGUGACAGCUUGGUGGUGGGUUUCUCCGGCGUAUUGAGGCACCCCUCAAUUGGGACAGUUUGGCCUCAGUGAGUGCAGUCACGUCUCACAGCCCCUCUAUUACCCCUUCUGUCUCUAUAGUGCUGUGCUAAUAGGUGAAUGGUGGUGUGUUGCAGCACUUAAACUGACCAAUAGAUCUGCUAGCAUUUGUUCUUUUAAGUAGGUUUACACUAGAGUUUUAUGGAGUUGUUUGGUUAUUUUAAGUGAAUCAUCAGCCUGUUCACUUCGAUGUUGACAUUGCACCUAUUUAGUUCCCUGUUUACAUAAUGCACUCCAUAUAUUUUCUUUGUAAUUGAGAUGUUUGUUAAUGGCAUUUUCUGUUCUGUUUUUGUUCCUAUGAUUACAUUUGUAACAUUCCUCAGAGCUGUAGUAUUUUAAAAGAAUACUUCCAGAUCCAAAAUGUUGGAGAGCCUUUAUAUAUAUUGCUUCCUGUUUGAACUGUUCAAAUUCAGAAAAAGCCGAAUGCUGAAGUGUGCCUAGGUAAAUGUGCUCUUUUUUUUUUUUUUAAGUUUGUCUGUAAAGAUUUAGUUAUGUAAGUUUUCAGUUCUUCUAUUUAAGAGAGUCUGCCUACCCUGCAUAUGUGAACGUAAUUUUGCCCUGAGAGUCAUAGCUAAACACUCACAAAGGAUAGUUUGAGAAUACUUUCAUACUCGUGAGGUUUGCUAUUAUUCUUGCAUACAUUCUUGGCUGUAAACUGUGUGCAUUUACUCUGUAUUUAUAUUGUUAACUCUUUUGUUUGGAUUGCUCUAAACUUCAAAGCAAAUUAAAACUAUGUGCUUCUAUUCA